AUGAGCGUCCAGAUCGACAUGGCGAUUGAUGCUAGUUGUGCUAGAGUGUCAGGCUUCGAGGAACUCUCGGGCCUGCUUGGUGUUUGCCAUGGCAACAAUUUCGGUUCCUUCCCAAUUGAAGUGAUGGCCGCAUUCAAGGGCGUACGCUAACACGAGUGACAAAGGGUCACGUCGGCGGAUGGCUAGUUUAUGUUCGUUGAUACGCGUCCCAAGUCGUCGGCCUGUAUGACCAACAUAGUCACAAGAGCAGUUAGCACACGGAAUUCGGUAGAUAACACUGGUUUGCUGCUCUUCGGGUAAAGGAUCUUUCACACGUGAUAGUGUUGCGCGCAGGGAGGACGCCGGCUUGUGGGCAAUGAACAUACCAAACCGGUUUAGUUGUCGGGCAAUCGCCUCGGAAAUAGCCUGCAUGUAGGGUAGAGAGGAGAAUUUCCGUUGUUCGGUCCCUCAUUAGAACUAACGUCUUGCGGCUGUCUCUGAUGUCUGAGACAAUUUUUCACAAAACUGGCCGGGUAUCCGUUGAGUCGGAAUAACCGAUAAAGGAAAGCAAGUUCCUUCAUAAGUAAACUAUCGUUGCUGCAGUAACGAUAAGCUCGGUGGAAAAGGGUUCGGACACAGCUCCUUUCAUGAGCCGCAGGAUGGUUGCUUUCUAAAUUAAGAAUGACGUCAGCACUGGAGUUUUUUCAGUACACGCUCGUUGCAAGACCGCCAUCACUGAGGGUUCGGAUACUAACGUCCAAAAACGGGAGAAUGCCUCCUGUCGCCUCUUCGCGAGUAAACUGGAUAGCUGGGAAGAUGCUAUUCAGACUCCAAUCAGAUCAGAUCAGAUCAGAUUUAUUAAGGGAAAGGUAGGCGAGCGCCUUUGAACUCUCUUUUGGUUACAAUAACGUCAUAAAAACAAUGUGCAAGGCAAGUGUGAAAAAAAUUGAAUAAGUAAUUACACACAACAAGCAUUGGUCACUGGUAUAAAUUUGUCUGUGAAUGCCUUCUAUGUCAAAAUUGUACAAUAACCAGUACGGUACUGAAUGGACCAAGUAAUAUCGAAGCAAGCGCAUAUGCUGCGGUCCGGAGAUAGCGAAAAUCGUAAGACGUAAUGUUACUAAAAUAUAGGGAGUAGCAUGCUUUGUCACAUAAAAGGUUGGGUGGGGCGGGUGGUAAAGGGGGGAAAUUUGUUAGUUUCUGAUGCACCAAUACAGUGUGGUCCAUGGUAUCGCCUCUUUUUCUUCUUCGUCUUCUUUUGGGGAUGAUGCACGGGAUAUAUAUAUAUAUAUAUAUAUAUAUAUUUCGAAAUUGUUAUUUUGCAGCCACGUCAAUUUGCCGUCUCUGUGGUUUCUAUAAGCUGCUGCGGUCAUCACCUAGCAGGAUUUAAUGCCCCACCCGUCGCAAGAGGGUAAAAGACUUGGAACUCCCCCACCCGCCCCCUAUUUCCUCUCCGUCCCUUCAACCCUGCCAGCCGAAAGAAUUCAUGACUGCCUCUGAGGCGAAACUGCAUCCGAAGUGUCGGUCUAGACAGCUGUCAGAAGACAUGUUACAAAUAUUUAUUCCUGUUUUUGUUUGCCGUAUUCCAUUCGUGAGCAACUAUGCUCACCGUCCAGUAGAUCUCCUGUCUCUAGUAGUCAAGACCAGAUAUUAUUUCAAUGAGACUAUUUGAAGCGAGAGGAAGAAGGCCUUCCUUUUGGCUCAUAGGCACCCAUGAUUUGUCAACAGGCUGCCACAUGAAAUUACACAUACUUCUGCCGAUGCAUACGAGGACACAGGAAUUUUAAAAUGACCUCGCGUGGACUACUGCAGUUAUAAGUCUCUGGACGGACUUGAAACAUGACCUUUAGGCUUCGAAGUGACGCAAAUUCUGUCCUUUUGGCAGAAGCAGUACUUAACCCCCACAAGCACUUUGCAUCCCCAGGGAACUUUGGUGUUACGAAUUACCUUCAUCAUCUCCUUGUCCUAGGUUGGAGUUCAUGACUACAGACCACUUUAGGUGGGACGGCGCUUCCAUGCCGGAUGACACUGCAGACCAGAGCCGUCAGGCUUUUUUUGGAAGGAGGGGUGCCCUAACAAAUCGGCAAUAGCUGCUCCAAGAGAUGACUGAGUCGGUCAGAAAGGCAAAUAAUGUGAUUGGACGUGCAAUUCCCAACUGGUUAUGCUCACAUAAAGUGACUAAGAGGAGGGAUGGAAGGAUGAAAACUGCCGCGCAGAUGACACCCACAUCGUCUUGUGUUCCCCAUUCUUGAACAUAUUGCUUGCUUAUCUGAAUGAAAACAGCUCGGCUCAGCGCGACGCAUGUGUUGGACCACAAGGUCGUUUGACACUUAAUUAUUUAUUCUUCCAUAACUCCUGUCUUGGCCUGAAAUCCACAGUCUGGGGUUGGCAGUCGUGUCCUUCGCGUUCGCAAGAGUGGUGACUUUCAAGCUUACGUCUUUAACCUGUUGACUUAGAUUUGCUGCUUGAUUCUCCUUGGUUCUGCCUAUCAUCAUGUUCCCUACGGAUUCUAACGAUGUCGCUGCUUCUCCCAGUGGAGUUGCUUCGUUCCUCCCAGACUUCUGGCAACAUGCACCAGAACUUUAGUUCUUCCGUAUUGAGGCAAUUUUUCGCUCUGCAAAGGCAACAAGAGAGAUAGACAAUUAUUUGAUUAUUAAUUCUUACGGCAGUCAUGACUCUUCCUAUCAUUAGUAGUCCGAGCUUGCUGAUAGUUUCUUUCGCGUUUUCUACGGUUGUGACUUUUCGACGUUCGCGCCGUUGCUUUUAGUCUUUUGGCUGAUAUCUACCCCCUGUAUCUGGUCAUCUAUCUCUAAUUUUGCCUCCCACAGUGCACUCUACGGAUUCUAAAAAUGCAGCUACCUCUCUUAAUGGAAUUGUCUUGUUCCUCCUAGACUUCUGGGAACAUGCACCAGAACUUUAUUUCCUCCGUACUGGAAAGGUAACACGAGAAAGCUAAAAGUAUGAUAACUUAGUCGGGGGUCUUCCUCCUACCAUUCUUUCGCAAGCGCAGACAUUUUUGUGUGAUCCCCGACUGAUGCUCCCUAUACGAAGCUAAAGGCUGAACUUCUUCUCCUGACCUCAAUCUCAGAUCGUCAGCGUUAUCACGCACUCGUUAAAGAAGAGGCUUUAGGCUAUCACAAUCCGCUGGAACUCCUGCGUCCUAUGCGUUCUCUUGUUGGAGACAUGGCCAUUGACGAUAAGUUCUUUAAAGAGCUGUUCUCAGAACUUCUGCCGAGAUCGGUGCAAACAAUCUUGGCCUCCGGCUCAGAUGAUUUAGACAUCUCAAGACUAGCGGAAAUAACCGAUCGUGUGAUCGAGGUUGAGCGUUUGUCAUCCACGACGGUUGCUCAGGCUUCACAGCCUCUCACUGCAUCCACAUCUGACCUGUCCAAACUCAAGACACAGAUUGUCCAAUUGUCGGCGACUGUUGCAGCUGCGGCGAUCCGCCGGUCUGUCUCGACGUUCCUGUGGCCAUGA